GUUGUUACAGCGGUUGCAACGUCUGUGAAUGAGUCUGUUGCAAGGUAGCAAGGUGCUUGUAUGCUUCCGUGUCUGAUCGUAUCGAAGAUAUUUAGAAAUUAACUCGAGAACAGAAAAACUGCUAAUAAAACAGAAACAAACAAUACUACAGAACAAUGAAGAAAACUUGUAUUAGCGACUACCUGUCUCAUCUUUUUGAAAAAUUGGGAAGAAUUAUUGCUCGAUAUCCCUUUUGCUUUAUUAUUUCAUCGACCGUACUAUCAGUUUUACUUUCUGUUGGAAUAUUUCAUCUGAAAACCAUAGAUGACAUGGAUUAUCUUAUACUUUCUGACAGGGGAAAAGUGCUGAAAGAUAAAGAAUUUAUUGAAAAUACGUUUCCUAUGAAUACAUCCGAGUAUUAUGACAUAUUUAGAAUGACUCAACGUCCUCGAUCGGCAAUCCUUUUUGUCCAAAAUAAAUUAGGACAAAAUAUGUUGCAAAAAGAAAAUUUACUCGAAAUUCAAGUCUUAGACAAAAUUAUAAAAAAUAUAACUGCUAUUGUAAAUGGGAGGGUAAUAAAUUACAGGGAUGUUUGUGGAAUAGUCAACGAGAAAUGCUUUGAAAAUCCAAUAAUAGAUGCAAUGCCUGAAAUGGAUGAUAUCCUUUCUGGUAAGAAGAAAUUGAAAUUUCCAAUAGACAUGGAUCCGGUCACUUACACCUAUCAAAUAUGGAUGAUGAAUUUGGGUGGAGUAAAAUAUGACAAUGAAGGAUACGUGAAAGAAAUAGAGGCCAUGAGAUUAAUUUAUUCAAUUGACGAAUCAGAUUUGUCUAAAGCAAAUUGGAUUAAAGAAUGGAAGAAAGAAUUCCUGUCGAAAGUACAAAAUAUCAAAUUUCAUUCAAUUGAAGUAUAUCCAUGCUCGUUGCUAGCAACUGAAUUAGACUUACAACCACUUUCUGAUGAAAUUGUGCCACUGAUAAGUGUAGCUGUUAUUAUAGUCACUAUAUUUUGUAUAAUGACUUACACGACAAAUAAUUGGAUAAGGAGUAAACCAUGGAUGGGAAUUGCUGCUACGGUUUCUGCAGGUUUAGCAAUUACUUCUUCAUUUGGAUUGAUGGGUGCUUGUGGAAUUGAUAAUAUAUGCUAUAAUAUUACCUUACCGUUUCUAAUUUUUGCUACCGAAAUAGAUGAUGCCUUUGUGAUAAUAGCGAAUUGGAGAAUUACCAAUGUUAAAGAUUCUGUACAAGAACGAAUGGCGAAAACCUUUUCAAAAUCAGCUCUUUCUAUAACUAUAACGACUUUAACAAAUAUUUUAUCUUUCUGCAUAGCGAUGACUGCAGAAUUUCCAAGUGUGAGGAUAUUCUGUUAUUAUGCUACUGCUUGCGUGUGUUUCACUUAUUUCUAUCAAAUUACGUUCUUCGGAGCUUGCCUAGCUCUUAGUGGAUACAGAGAAGAAAGAGGUCUUAAUGCAUUUACAUUUACAGAUGUCAAAGAAAAAUCCAACGAGUACAAAUCAAAAGAAGAAAAUCAAUUCAUUUUUAUGAACUUCUUCAGAGAUUAUGUGGCUGAAUUUAUUUCACAUCCUAUAACUAAAGUUUCUGUUAUUUUUCUAUACAUCGUUAAUCUUGGUAUGGGUAUUUGGGGAGUGACAUUUUUAAGAGAAGGAGUAAACCUCUUCGCACUUUAUCCAAGUUAUUCGAAAAUAACGAAAGGAUAUAAAAUAAAUUAUGAGUACUUUACAGAAUUUACGUUUCCUGUACAAAUUGUCAUCAAUAAAACACUAGAUUACUCAAAGGAAGAAGUUCAAAAAUCGAUUGAAAGUUUGAUGUUGAAAUUUCAAUCUCACCCGAAUGUCGCUGGAUCGGAAUUUGAUGUGUCCUGGUUAAAAUAUUACAAAGAAUUUCAGAAUCAUCCAAUAUCAACAUUCACCAUGAGGGGUUACGACUUGACAGAAAAACAAGAUUUCAUCGAUGGACUUCGCAACGUGUUUUUGAGAAUUGGUGCAGCCAAACAAUUUUCAUACGAUAUAAUAUUUAAUCAUAAUUACACCGAGAUUACUCACAGUCGGUUUUUUGUAAUGACUAAGAAUGUUUUUCAUGGAAAAGUUGAGCAUAAAGUAAUAAAUGAUCUAUGGGAAAUUGAAGAAGAAAUCGAGUUACCCGUCAUUGUUCAUUCAUAUUUUUCUCCAUUUGUAGAACAAGGUAUCAUCAUUAAACGAAUUACUUUACAAAUAUUUUGGCUAACAGCUCUGUUAAUAUUUAUUGUUUUUAUUGCAUUCAUUCCUAAUGUCACCUGCGCCAUAACUGUAGCCAUCUGUAUUGUUUCCAUAAUUGUAGAAACUGUUGGAUACAUGACUUUCUGGAACGUAAAUCUCGACAUUAUUUCCAUGAUGAUUAUAAUACUUUGUAACGGAUUUUGUGUAAAUUAUCCCACACACAUGUGUUACGCUUUUAUUACUUCACCACAUUCGAAAACAAAAGAAAAGCUGAAGGAAUCUCUUUAUCACGUUGGUUUUCCUAUACUUCAAGGUUCCAUCUCAACAAUUUUAGUAUUGUUAGUAUUCCUGUGUAAAGAUGUAUACAUAUAUACAACAUUCGUAAAAAUUGUAAUUCUUAUAUCGUUACAAACGUUAUUCCACGCUGUAUUUGUAAUUCCUGUAAUUCUUACUAUAAUAUCCUAUGCCUUUGAAAAGAAAAAUAAUGGUAAUAAUUGUUCUGAAAAAGAAUAUUACAUUGUUGGUAGCAUCGAGAGUGCAAUGUGAAUAUUUCUAUUUUCAAAUAUACAGAAUGUCUCGUAACUCUGCCGUAAGAGUUAUGUUAAUCCACGUUUUUUUUUUUUCUAUAGAUGCUUAAUAAAGAGGGACGAACUUAAUUUAUUGUAAUAAUGGAUAUCAACAAACAGCAGGAACUUACCAAAGUGUUUAAUAAGCUACAUAUAGAUUUCUGUGUGUAGUUAAUGGAAAAUCAUCAAGAAGUCUAUGGAUAUAAAAGGAAUUAAUUCAUCUAUAAAAUAGUAAAUAAAGAUCAAGAUCACUCCAAUGUUUCAGAAUAGGAGUACCAGUAUUAGAACCACCAUUGUAUGUAUGAAUCAUCUGAGUCCACAUUAUGGUUCCUGCAUAACAAUACAUCAACCAUUGUUGUUUAUUGUAAUUUUUUUACCUUGAAACGUUCAAUUGAAAAUUGACAUUAUCAUAAUAUAAAAUACGUAUUUCCUUUUGUACAUCGCGUCUUUUUAUGAGGUUUUAUUAUAUUAUUAUUUAAACUAUACACUAUAUUAUUAUAUGUAUAUUCAGAAUACUACGUUAAGAUUUUACCUUAUUGGAUAUUUAUGUUUGUAGUAAAUUUUUGUAUUA